UAAACCCUGGGUUCCUUCUGGUUUCCCCGGGUUCCUAAGCAAUUGUGCCAUCAGACCCCUGGCACAGAGGCCCCAGGAACAGGCAAGGAUAGGGCCAGGCCAGGGUCAUCAUCAUCAUCAGUCCAGCACAAAAGGAUUCCCACCCAGGUCUGAUCAUCUGGCCCAGGGACUCAGAACAUGCAUGACUCACCCACAGGACUCACCCCACUUGAACCCAGCCACCUCUCCAUGAAGCCCACAGGAUCCCAGCAUUCCGCGGGAUACACUCAGCUCCUCAUGUUCUUACCUUUCUGCCAGCACCCUCUGGCCCCACAGAAACAGCCAACAUGCCAGUCACCAAAUGUCCAAAAAAGUCAGAGCCACUGUGGAAGGAAUGGGACCAGAAGACUCUUAGGAAUGGACUGCGGCACAAGGUGUAUGCUGUGAAUGGAGAUUAUUAUGUGGGCGAGUGGAAGGACAACCAAAAACAUGGGAAAGGAACACAGGUCUGGAAGAAGAAUGGAGCCAUCUACGAAGGGGACUGGAAAUUGGGGAAGAGAGAUGGCUAUGGCACCCUCAGCCUUCCAGAUCCAGAGACAGGAAAGUACAAGAGAGUCUACUGUGGUUGGUGGACAGGUGGUAAGAAAUCGGGCUAUGGAAUUCAGUUUUUUGGCCCCAAUGAGUACUAUGAGGGUGAGUGGCGUGACAACCAGCGCAGCGGGUGGGGCCGCGUGUACUAUGGCAACGGCGACAUCUACGAGGGCCAGUGGAGCAAGGACAAGCACGAAGGGGAGGGCAUGCUGCGACACAAGAAUGGGAACCGCUUCGAGGGCUUCUGGGAGAGAGGCAUGAAGAAUGGGCCUGGGCGUUUCUUUCACCUGGAUCAUGGCCAGCUGUUUGAAGGCUUCUGGGUGGAUGAUGUGGCUAAGUGUGGCACCAUGAUCGACUUUGGCCGGGAAGAGGCUCCUGAGCCCACCCAGUUCCCCAUUCCUGAGAUCAAACUCCUAGAUCCUGACGGUGUGCUGGAGGAAGCCUUGGCUACGUUUAAGAAGACAGAGGAAGAACAAUGAUGCCUGGUGAGGAGGUGGGCACACUUGCCACCUCUGAUGAGGCCUAGGUAGCUCUGGAACUUGGAACAACAUAGAUCCCCAAAGUCUUGUGGGGGCAAGACCAGAAAGGGCUUGUCUCCUGUGAUCCAGCUGAUCCUUCUUAGUUCUUCCUCUUGAAAUCGAUGUCCCCCGAAGACCAGUGCACACCAGAUUUGCCCAUUUGCACGGUGUGCCUCCCAGGGU